UCCCUUUUAAGUAAGUGUACUCAGUGAUACGGAGACUUUUAAGUGGAACCUCGGUGGAGCAUUCGCUUUGUUCCCCCACUUCCAAGGAAUCGUUCAUCAAAGGCAAAUAAGCGCAGUGUGGUGAAGGUGAAGUUGCGGUGAUGAGUUGUUGGAGCUUCCAGCUUCGAGCUGUUGUUGGUUGGUGAUCGUUGAUUGUUUCUGUGCAGAGAAAAUGAGAUGCUCCUCGAAAAGCUGCUUGCACACCACGCAAAGGAGCUGAGAUGAUUGCCAAGAGCUCCCAAGUGCCAAGAGAGGCAACUCAACUCAUGGUUGCUGUCGAGUUCAACGGGAAUACAGCUUUUGGAAAGUAGAUGAGGUAAACAUAGGAUUUACUUUCUAAACAUUUAAACAAAUGUUUUACCGCAUCUACCUGCAUUUCAAAGCAGUCCUCGCUUCGGUGCAAUACCACGGGGAAUCUAAGCUCCAACAGGUUCCCACGGUCUCUACCUCUCACAAAUUCAAGGAGCUUCACCUUUGAACCCAACACCAACACCUCACAAACACAACACCAACACAUACAUCACAAACACAAUACUAUGAUGAACAUGAACCAAUUCUUGCUCAACCUUCCUGCCAACGUGACCAUCGUGGUCGACAAUGCUGCUGGGCACAGCUUGGCUGCCAAACUGGAAGAAGACCGCCGUAGAGAAAAGGAAGCCCGCAUGCUGCAACGCUACAUGGACUCCCUAACAGUAGAAGAUGAUGAUGAUGAUGAUUACAGUGAAAGCUCGUGCGAUUCAGAAACGGAAUUCGACAUGGAUGAUAGCACCAGUAUGUCACAAGCAGAACAAGAGUUCAUCUCGUCUUCGUGGAGAUGGACGGGUCAGUGCAAGCCUGUCGCCAGAACUCCUCCCGGUUCUCCAUCGGCAUGCACUCCCAAACGACCAGAGCGCAAACAGUCCGAAAACUCGGCCACAUUGGACCUCAGUGACGAUCAAAAGCAAACUCUCAUGAGCCUCUACAGCCGAUCCAUCAGCCAAAAAAAAAACUUCGACAACAACAACAAGGAAUACAGCUGCACCACGAAGGACUGCAAUAGGGGAGUACUGCGGUUGCCUGCUGCAGCAAGGUUUCCAGCGGAAUAAGCAAGCAGCAAUUGCUGUACACACAGAUAGAUACAGAUAGAUACACAUGGGAAUACUUGUAUUACUAAACUAAAGGAAGGACAUUCAUACUGAACCACUAGCUAGUCUUUCGAACUACUACUAGCUAGCUAAUAUCUUGAGUUUCC